AUGACAUCAACAUUCGAGCGGCUGUCGGGCCAGGUGCUGCUGCGCUUCACCCGGCGGCCGUUCUCGCACUGGGCGUACAGCUUCAUCGGUGACCCCACCAUCGAGGUGGAGGCAGAGUCGCAGUUCCAGGGCCGGCCGCAGCCGCGCAUCACUGCCGUCAUCGUGCGCCAGAUUAAGCGCACGCUGCGCAAGCGCCACACGCUGCCCAACUACAAGCUGCGCUACAAGCCGUUCUUCAUGUCGCGGCUGCAGCAGCUGGUGCCGGACGCGACGCUGGCCGAGCUGACCUCGUCCGCCCAGCUGGAGGUCACCGUGAAGCGACUGUCGCGGCUGCGCUCCAGCGGCCAGCUGACGCACGUCUACUGCCGGGUGCCGACCCGCUCCUGCUGGACACGGCCCACGUCAGCUGGCACCAGGUGUGGUGCCGACCCGCUCCUGCUGGACACGUCCCACAUCAGCUGGCACCAGGAGGAGCUGCACGUGCCGGCCCACCCGGGCCAGGCUGUCGGUCUGCUGGUGCGCGACACAUUCGUCAUGGAGAAGCAGCGGAACUGCAUCACCAUCUUCAUCGUCGUGCACAACGCUCCCGCCUACAAGGCCGGUCUCAAAGCGGGCGACAUAGUGGACUCUGUGGACGGCGAGCCGGUGCGGGACCUGCCCACCGCCAACCGCCUGCUGCGCCAGCCGGCCAGCGACAUCCGCGUCCGCGUGCUGCGCAUGGCCGAGAACAAGGAGGCCAAACACAGCAGCCCGCUGCCGGCGCCAGUGGCGGAUAAGGACGACAACAGUUCCGCGGUGAGCCUGCCAGCGGCCCUUCACAGCUGCCUGUUCGACCAGGAGAAGAGCACCAAGUGGGCCCGCUGGAAUGAGGACCCGGUGCUGAACGAGACGUUCCAGUUCUCGGUUGGGCCGCCGCAACGCUACCUGAACGUGUCGGUGAUGGGCGUGCCGGAGACGGGCGCUGGCGAGCCGGCCGCCGAGCCGGGCCAGCACGUGCUGCUGGGCCGCCUGAGCCUGCCGCUGGCCCAGCUGGUGUCCCGCUGCCAGCUGACGGUCAUGGGGCAUCACGUGGAGACGUGCCGCUUCCUGCCGCCGACGAUCGCCGCCGUCAAGGAUGUGGACCACGAGCUGUCCGUGUUCAACGGGUUCGAGCCGACAUACUGCUUCGGGGACGUGUUACUGUCGUUCGUGCUGACGGCGGGCGCGCCGGACGGCGGCGAGCCCGAGCCGGCGGCCGACGAGGAUGGCUCCCGCCUGCUUGAGCGCAUGGACGUGGAUGACUCUGAGCCCGAUGAGGAGGAGACGCCGCUCGAGAUCCGCGUCGGCCACCGCUUUGCCCGCAUGAAGUUUACCGCAUCGACGGAGUGCGACUUCUGCCACCGCAAGAUCUGGCUCAAGGACGCGUUCCAGUGUUCGGCCUGCCUGAUGACGUGUCACAAACGCUGCAUCGACCGUUGCCAGAGCCAGACCACCUGUCAGGCGGAGCUGAACCGCGGCUGGCGCGACUCCAUCAGCGACAGCCACCUGCCGGAGAUCGUCACCAGCUCGGAGGACACGGACCAGCCGGCCGACAAGAAGCGGCGGCGGCGCCUCAACAACCUUAUCGCGUCGCUCUCGUCGAGCGGCCUGAAGCGGACGGGCUCCGCGCAGAACCUUGCACCGCCGGCGCCCAGCCUGCAGCGGGGCCUCUCCACCAGCUUACCUCCCUCGCCACAGCGCUCGCCCGCCACCAGCAGGAAGAACUCCCUGGCCGCCGCGCCGUUCGCCGCCGUCACCGGCGCCGCCGAGUGCGACAGUGACGAGGAGCUGGACGUGGCGCUGUCCAACAUGCAGCGCUGUGCCAACAACGAAAACCUGGUGCUGGCGGCGCGCGAGCUCGGCUGCCAGCUCUACGUGGAGAUGGAGCCGGCGGCGCGCCGCGAUCGGCUGGAGAACAUGGUGUCGAAGCUGCAGACGGAGCUGGACGCCGAGGAGAGCCGACGCCAGGAGCUGCUGCAGGCCGACCGGCAGGCCGAGCAGCCCAGCACGCGCACCCGCUGCGCCCUCCUGCUGGCCCAGUCGGACGAGAAGACCAAGAUGCUUGGCAUCCUCAUGGUGUACUACAACGCCGGCCUGCGGGACGCCGAGCAGUCGGCGCGGAGCGGCGGCGCCGUCCAGCAGUGACUUCGGCCGGCGUCCGUCGCCGCCCGGCCCAGGCCGCGCGCGCGCCUCUCCUCAGCGCUGGACGUCGGCUCUCCCACCAGUGGCUGUUCGCCGGCCGGUGCGUAGUCUCAAAUGCGAAGCCGGGCUGGUGAUGUGAAGCUCUGGGUCUUCUCCGCAGCCAUGAUGGGACGGGCGCUGGCAGGCGGCUUGCGGCCUCCUCGCCAGGCUCUCCCGCGUGCGCUGCGGUCGUCUGUGGCCAUCUGUGGCCCGCCCGGCCCCGCCGCCACGCCUCUGGUUCGCGUAGCAUUUCCCAUGGUAGCCCGGUGUUUAUCUCUCCCUGUUUGGCCGGUGCCCGGGCCGGGGUGGAGCGGCGGUACGUACCCGCCCUCCGUGGCGGCGGCAGAACCGCCAGCCUCGCCGGUUGUCGGUCGGCCGUCACGGCCCACCAUUGGCGCUUGGUAGUGCAGUCCGAUUUCGUCUUGAGCUCACCGAAUCUCUGCAUAUCUGCUUACGGGCGUGACUGUGAUGCUGGUGAUAGUGCCCGCGGUGUCGACAGCUGCUGGUGAUAGUGCUCGCUGUGGCGACUGGUGCUGGUGAUAGUGCUCGCGACGAUGGCUGCUUGUGAGCGCCGCGUCUGGGGCGGUAUUUUGCUAUCUACUUAUGGGUUAUGUAUGGUCGGCUGUUUGUGAGACGCUUGACUCAUUCCGUCGUGUGCACGUAUGAGCGUCCUCCGGUGCUGUCCUGGCACAUGGAUGCGUGCUCGCUGGCUGUUGCGAUCUUACGGCGCAUGGCCCACUCAACCAGCCAGUACUGCUCUAUGUGGCUCGGUUCAUGGCGGCCUUGGUCUGUUUCUUUUUACCGAGACGUGCGUCGACGUAGUGUAUUGUAGCGUAUUGAGAAGCUCACGUCCCAGCGUCCCAAUAGUCCCGGCGUGGCAGAACAGCUGAUAGCUGUGUCAGGACCUAACGUAUGGGGAAGCCAUAUGGCUCCGACAUUGCAGCGGUCAGACAUGGGGUGUUAAGAGUUCUACAGGUCCGUCUGGGCCGACACGCCCUUCGAUUCCCCUGUAGUUUCAGUCGAAUACGUCAAGUCUUAAGCUCGUGAGUGAGCGACCCUGGAUGCUUUUUAGCCGUAAUGUCACAUACAGUCUGAGCCCAAAACAUCAUGCCGAUUCGGAUGGCGCCAUAUCGUGUUAGAAUCACGUAGGUCGGCUGUCUGGAAACAGAGUCAAGUCGGGAGCGUACCUUGCGGUCCUUUUAGAAGCACCGUUGAGUGAUGCUUUCGGAUAGUUGAAUAGCAGUCGAAUUCUUUCUGUUACACAAACUCCAAGUCAUUUUCGCCAGGGGACUUAUUCAUGUGGGUGCUGUCCGUCUGAUGUACGUGGUAGUCUACCGCGCUGUUGAACCUAGACAGGAAUCUGUCCAACCGAUCUAAGCCUGCAUUUUGCUGCAUCGCCAUGUCAGUGUGUGCUAAUUUGCCCCUGUGGUUGGAGGAGUCUUUUCGGAAUAUAUUGUAA